AUCACACAAAUUUAACAGAAGUAAAAAGGAGGAAAUUAUAUAUAUAUAUAUAUUUUUUAAAUUUUAAGUGAAAAAAUGGCGUCGGCCAAGUGUUUAGUGUUCUUGUGCGCUUUACUUUUGGUUGAGAACUCCAUUGGGCAUGGUAUCUUGAGCGGACUCCUAAAAGACCAUAAGGAGCGUCGUCGAGAACAUCUUGCAAUUUUGGACCCUCUUGGUCUCUUUGGUGGGAGGGAAAGAGGCAACAAUGGAGGUUCAGAAGCUUCAGCUAACUCCCAAAGUUUGGGAACCAGCUUCAACCUUGGACCAAUUGGUUUCAGUAGCAGUUUAUCAUCCGCCUCAGCAAAUGCUAAAGCUGGAGCUGGAGGAUCAGCAAAUGCAAAUGCAGAUGCCCUAGCUAAUGCUCAGAAUGGAGGUCAAGGAGUUUACGGAGGUCAAGGGGGUUAUGGCGUUCAAGGAGGUUACGGAGGUCCAGGAGGUCCAGGGGGUUACGGAGGUCCAGGUGGUUACGCGGGGGGCAAUUCCAACGCUCAAGCUUCCGCCAAUGCAGGAGCUCAAGGAAAUUAUAUUUCACCGGAAGAUUGUGAUGAUGAGGGAUUACCAGCUCAAGCUGUACCAACUAGAGAUGAUGGGUCUCGCAGAUAUGCUCGCAGUGGAUAUGGUGCAUCUUCUACAGCAACUGCUAGUGCAAAUUCUAAUGCUAAUUAUGAUAUGAUUACGAAUCCUAGCAGAGGAUAUCAACCAGUUGCCGGUAGUAAUGCCGUUGCUAGUGCUAUUUCGAAUGCAAAUGCGAAUGUGAACACUGUAGGACAAUAUCAGCCAGCUCAACAAAUUCCUCCCCAAUAUGGUACCCAAGGUUCCAAUGCCAAUUCUAAUGCCAAUGCUGUUGCCAGUACUAAUGUAAAUUCAAAUAGUGGAGGACAGUACCAAGUAUUCCAAAAUCGUCCCCAAUAUACUGCUCCACAAGAACCUACUGCCAAUUCUAAGGCUAUUGCUAGUGCUGAUUCAAAUGCCAAUACUGGAGCUCAAUAUCAACCGGCGGUCUCAAGUCCUCCUCAUUAUUCGGUUUCUCCUGAAUCAACUUCACUUACUGGUGCUAAUUCUAACGCCAAUGCUGCUGCAAGUAGUAAUGUAAACACAAAUACUGGAGGACAGUAUCAAGAUAUCCAACAUCCUCCCCAAUAUACUGCCCCACAAGGAUCUACUGCCAAUACAAAUGCAAUGUCUAGUGCUAAUGCCGAUGCUAAUAUAAAUUCUGGAGGACAAUAUCAGCAAGUUGCCCAAAAUCCUUCAGAAUAUGAAAAAUAUAUUACUUCACAAGGAUCUGCCACCAAUCUUAAUGCUCAUUCCAGUUCAAAUGCAAAUACUGGUCUAUCACAAUCGAUCCCUGUUCAGACUCCAUCCCAACCAUCAUCCGGUUCUUACAGAUACGUAAUUCCCGUUCAGCAAGAAACUACUUCAUCAGUAUCUGGAUAUUCUGGAACUGAAAAAGGUUCUCCUAGAGUUACAGUAACUUAUAGUAUAGGACCUUCAAGAGGGAAUGCUGGAUCAGUAUCUGCGUCAAAUGAAAAUUCACAUUCAAAUACAAAUGCAAAUUCACAUGCAAAUGCAAUGAGUACUGGUAAUAUUGCUAGAGGAAAUAAUGGACCUGUUAAAAAUCUGAAUGAUCCGAAUUAUCCUGUAAAUCGAGGCUCUUCUGAUACGAUCAGGAUUAUCGUAAAAGAGGUUCCGAGGCAAGAAACUGGCCGUCGCUAUCAGGAUGAGCGAUAUCCUAGUGACAGAUAUCAUGAUGAUCGAUACGCUGGUGGCAGAUAUCCUGGUGAUAGGUAUUCUGGUGAUCAACGUCAUCGGUAUCCUAAUCAUCAUUAUCAUCAUCAUCAUCAUCAUAAUUAUCGUCCAGACCCUUCUCAGGAAGAAUAUGGACCUUACGCUCAUUAUCCACCACCUCCUCCAGAAAACCCACAAUAUGUUCUAGUUCAACGUCCUUCUCAACCCCAACAGCAACAAUAUAUUCCAGCUCCUCCACCUGCUAAACAUCAACCUUCUUCUCCUCAGCAACCACAAUAUGCUCCAGACCCUCCUCCACCUCCAGCACCUCCUCCUCCUCCAACACUUCCUCCACCACCAUCUCCAUCACCACCUCCUCCGCCUCCUCCUCAACAGCCACAAUAUUUUCCAGCUCCUGAACCUCCACCUCCUCCGCAUCAACAACCGCAAUAUAUUCCAGAUCCUCCACCUCCCCCACCUCCUCAGCAACCACAGUAUAUUCCAGCUCCCCCACCUCCACCUCCUCCACAUCAAGAACCACAAUAUAAUCCAGCUCCUCCGCCACCUCCUCAGCAACCACAGUACAUUCCAGCUCCUGCACCUCCACAAAAAAUCCAGUAUGUUCCAGCUCCUUCACCUCCACAAGAACCAGUACAAUUACCUCAACCUGUUGAAGAGAAAAGACUGGCUCGACCACAAGGUGGUUUCACACAAAAUCCCUUUCUCACUGGAAAUGGAGGAUCUAAUGCAAACACAAAUGCCAAUGCCAAUGCUAACGCUGGAGCUUCAGGUUACAAUCAAGGAGGAUUUGGUGGACCACAAGUAGGCUAUGGUGGACCCCAAGGAGGAUAUAGUGGUCCCCAAAGAGGCUAUGGUGGUUCCCAAGGAGGAUAUGGUAGUUCAAAUGCAAAAGCCAACGCCAAUGCUAAUGCUAAUGCUGGUGCUCAGGGUGGUAAUUUCGGAAACCCAGGAUAUGCUGUUAACCAAGGAUAUAGUGGACCCCAGGGUGGAGGAUAUGGACCCCAAGGUGGAUUUUCCCCACAGGGUGGAUAUGCUCAACCCGGAAUAAGGGGCUCAAAUGCCCAAGCUGAGGCCAAUGCCAACGCUAAUGCUCAAACUCAAGGAGGACUCGGAGGAGGUUACCAACCUAGCGAUCAUUUAGUAGCUAUACCAUCUGGUCCAGUAGUACCAAGUGGUCCUAGCGGUGGAGGAUAUGGAGGUGCUUCAGCUGGUGCCAACGCUAAUGCUCAAGCUCAAGGAGGACUCGGAGGAGGUUACCAACCUAGUGAUCAUUUAGUAGCUAUACCAUCUGGUCCAGUAGUACCAAAUGGUCCUAGCGGUGGAGGAUACGGAGGUGCUUCAGCUGGUGCCAACGCUAAUGCUCAAGCUCAAGGAGGAUUCGGAGGAGGUUACCAACCCAACGAUCAUCUAGUAGUCAUACCAUCUGGUCCAGUAGUACCAAGUGGUCCUAGCGGUGGAGGAUAUGGAGGUGCAUCAGCUGGUGCCAACGCUAAUUCUCAAGCUCAAGGAGGACUCGGAAGAGGUUACCAACCAAGUGAUCAUCUAGUAGUCAUACCAUCUGGUCCAGUAGUACCAAGUGGUCUUAGCGGUGGAGGAUAUGGAGGAUCACUUGGAGGUUCAGCUAAUGCCAAUGCCAAAGCCGAUGCUAGUGCAAAUGCAGGAGCUUCCAAUAUUGGACAAGGUGGAUAUGGUGGUAACCAAGGAGGGUAUGGCGGAAACCAAGGAGGAUUUGGAGGUUCUAAUUCUAAUGCUAAUGCCAAUGCCAAAGCCGAUGCUAGUGCAAAUGCAGGAGCUUCCAAUAUUGGACAAGGUGGAUAUGGUGGAAAUCAAGGAGGAUUUGGAGGUUCCAACUCUAAUGCCAAUGCCAAUGCCAAUGCCAAUUCUAAUGCCGGUGGAAACAAUUAUCGGUUGAACGAAAUCCCUUCUGCUCCUUUACAAGGAGUUAACUCUGGUGCUCAGUCAUCAGCGAAUGCAAACGCAAAUGCUUCUGGUUCUUCUUCUGGAUUAGGAAAUGCAGGAGCCAAUGCUAAAGCUGAUGCUUCCAGUAAUGCAUCAUUUGGAGGCUAUGGUGGCAGCUUUGAAACAAAAAGUUCUGCUUCAGCUUCUGCAUCAGCAAACUCAAAGGACAUGCUUAUUUUCACUGACUGAUUUUUGGAAGCUGUGAUACAAGUGAAUAUUUUAAAACUAAAAGUACCGUGAAAGAAAACUCUAAAUCAAGGAGUUCAAAUUGGUUUUUGUUUAUUCCCUUAGAGGAACAAACAAACCGAACCUAUCGAUCUUGAUAUAAAAAUAAUACUUUAAAGAGUUUUUUAAUGAUAACAAAAUAUUGUGUUAACACGUGACUACUCAAAACUUUUGGGUGAAUAUAAAUUAGUUACUAAAACAAUGCAACAUAAUGUUCGAGGAGUGUACAUAAUUUUGUUGUUUUUAGCGAAGAAACUUUAGUCUUGUAAAUAAAAGCAAGUAGAAUUUGCGACUUCCUGGUAAUCCCGAUGGCAAUGUUUAGAUCUAGAAGAAAAAUAUGUCAAACUGGCGAAAUGAGAGAAAAAUUUUACGUGAAACAAACAUGUAGUUAUUCUAUAGAAUUAAUUUAUUUACUAGGAAAUUGUAUACAUAUGUGUAUGCACAAUUAGCAAUAAUCACUUUUGCAUCGUUCAUCAGUCUUUUCUGGAAUUCGCGCUUGAGUACCAUCGUAUUUUGCCAUGUGUGAUCAUCAUGAUGCGCUAUUCUCGUAAUUACUUAGCACAUGUGUUUUUUCAGGGAGAUUUUAAAAUACAUUAAAUACAUAUAAUGGCGAUAAUAAAA